CAACCGUCAUGGCAGCUAUACCGGAACAGACGUUACUCAGUGGGUAUAGGGUACCAUGUGUUGGUCUGGGCACUUGGAAGUCAAAGCCUGGAGAAGCAGGGGCAGCUGUGAAGACCGCGAUAGGACUUGGAUACCGGCAUUUUGAUUGUGCGCUCAUCUAUAGAAAUGAAAAGGACAUCGGACAGGCAAUUACAGAAAUAAUUGAUGAAGGAAUUGUCAAACGUGAGGACUUGUUCAUCACAACAAAGCUGUGGAACACCCACCACAGCAAGGCCCGAGUGCUGGAGGGGUGUAAGGAGUCCCUGGCAAACCUCGGCCUUGACUACAUUGAUCUGUACCUCAUGCACUGGCCAAUUGCUACGAGGGAUAUUGAUGGAUUAUACCCAAAAACACCUGAUGGCAAGAUUGAUGUUGUCGAUAUAGACUUCAUAGAAACGUGGACAGCCAUGCAGACUUUGGUUGACCAGGGUAUGUGUAGAUCUAUAGGUGUAUCCAAUUUCAAUUCUAAGCAAAUCCAGAGGAUUAUAGAUAUUGGUUUUAAACAUCCACUGACUUGUAACCAGAUCGAAAUAUCUCCAUAUUAUUCCAACGAAAGGUUGAUACAGUUCUGUCAAUCCAAAGGAAUUGUCGUAGUGGCGUAUUCUCCUUUGGGGUCUCCUCAGCGGCCAUGGGCGAAACCCGACGAUCCUAAGUUACUAGAAGAACCAGAGAUAGUAAAGACAGCAGCUCAAUACAACAAGUCACCUGCUCAGGUUGUACUUCGAUGGGGUGUUCAAAGAGGAUAUAUGGUCAUACCGAAGAGCGUGUCUGCAGCAAGAAUGACACAAAACAUUGAACUUUUUGACUUUGAACUGACGGAUGAUGAAAUGAAAGCCAUACACGGGAUGAAUCGGGAUGUCCGAUGUUGUACGAACUCUGAUGCCACACAUAGUCCUUACUAUCCUUUCCAUGAGGAGUUUUAAGAAUGGACACCAAUCAUGACAUUGAAUUGAAUGGUUGUUAUUUUUGUUUACAUUUCUCAUAUACUUCAAUUCAUGUUUGUUGAUGAAUGUUAUUUAACAUAUUAACGAUUAAUUUAUUGAUCAGCUUUGUCUAUUGGUUUGUUGUAGAUACAAAGAAAAUGU